AUGAUUUGUAUAUUAUUAAUAAAUUAUGUAACUUUAAUAUUGGCAAAUAUUUAUCCACCCAAUUAUUCACCAUGCCAAUUUCCUACACCAGAAAAAAGUAAAAGAGAGUACUAUUCGCAAUGUGUAAUUUCACAACAACUUCCUUUUAUAUGUGAUCUUCAUAGACAGUUGUCACAUUCAAGUGUUAUUGAAAUAAGUGAAAUGUAUGAAAAACAUGAAAAAGUUUUUGUUAAAAAAUCUUUAAAUGAUAAUAGAAAUAUUUCAACUUCUUUAGCUAUUGUAAUUGUUAAACAACUUUUAGCACCAUUUUCUAGUAAACAAGUUUAUAGUAAUCAUGAAGACUUUGGUUGUCUUUUUCAAGAUGAGUGCUCACAAGUUAUGAAUGCUGAAACCGUUGAAAGAUUUGUUAAUAGUUAUCGUGUUUUUACAAGAAUAUUUGCUUCAGUUUUAUAUAAAAAAUGGUUUCCUAAGUACGAUAAAACAAAUGAAAAACAUGAAAAUAAUAAUUGUUAUAUGAUGGAUGUCACUGAUGUCUUGGUACUCGUUGUUUUAGAUGGUAUGGUUGGAGAUAAUAGAAAGUUACCUUCUGUUACUAUUCAUACAGAUAAUGCAAUGUUAGCUCCUUUUUUAAGUAAUAUUCAAUUAGAAACUACUAAUGCUAUUAAUCAAAAUUGGCCACUUCAUCAAGUUAUUUCUGAUUUGAUUGAUCAAUUAGGUUUAGCAAUAAGAUCAUUCUAUACAACAGGUGGAAUACUUCCUAGACAUGGAAUUCCUAUUUGGGCAUAUCGUCUUUCAAUAUUUUGUAUUGUUAUGGUUAUUAUAGCUUUAUUUAUUGAAUGGUAUAUUGUUCGAAGAAAAUUAGUUGUAAAAAGAAGUAUUAUAACUACAAAAAUUGAAAGUAUAAAAUCAAAAACUCAUAUAAUGUUUGGAGCUAGUUAA